AUGAUCAUUGACGGGGAGAAGUGGGCUUGUGACGCUUGCGUCAGAGGUCAUCGUGUUAGCAACUGUCAUCAUUCAGACAGACCUCUGCAACACAUCAAUAAAAAGGGCCGUCCUGUCUCACAAUGUACUCAUUGUCGAACAAUGCGCAAAUCCAGAGCAGCACAUGUUCGAUGUGAAUGCGGUUCAGAAAAGGCACAUUCCAAAGGAUCCUGUCUGGAAAAUGGAGAUACACAGGAUACCUGUUGUUGCAGUCAUGGAGCCCGAUGCACUUGCGCUUUGAAAAAUGAUCAUCUCCCUCCAGUACCCGAGUCCGACUCUGAUGAAACCCCUUCGAUGUCUAUACCAGUAUCCAAACCAAGACGGCCUCGUGCGCAGACCACUCAAUCGGAAAACAAUUUGACAAUAUUUACAAAUGGACACCACAAGCCCGUACACAAGAAUAACAACAUGGCUCACAAAUGCGGUCUGCCAUACACCGUGCCCCGAGCACACUCAAUCCAUGGACAAUCAUCAUCGAGUCUGGCCAAUAGGUCUGUUGAUAAUUUACCACACACGAGCGCUAUCGAUACUUUACACAGCGAAUCUCAAAUCAAAGACUCUAUAGUGAGUGCUCAACAGGAGCAGCGAAUGAUCAAAUCCGAACAUGCAUCGCCACUCGUCAGCCCUACAACAAACUUCCACCAAAUUAAUGGUCAAUUACCACCUUUGGAUAUAACAAAUAUGUCGACCCCAGAUUACAACAACAUAUAUCAAUUCGAUGGAUAUGGUGGGGCAAUUCAAGAUUUCGAACAACCGAUAUUCUCCGCUGGAAUCGGUUCCGCUUCUGUCGAUUGGAGUAAUUAUCCGGGAUUAAAUUUUAACGAUGACAAUUUCGCAGCCUCUUCUUAUAGCCAAGCAGCAUCAUUCAAUGGAUUCGACUUUUCUAGUAUCGAUAAUCCAGCAUUAACGACUACAUCAACCUCUGGGGAACAAUCAGAAAUUGAAGAUUUCAUUGGUGUAUCGGAUCCUUCCAGGCCUGCAUUGAUGAACAAUCAGAACAACCAAUACGGGUCUGAUCUUGAUGCAUCAGAAUUUGGUGGAGAAAUUGAUAGAUACAGAUUAAGUACGACGUCAUCAUCCUAUCUCGACAUGUCACAGAUGCAGAUGCUCGCAAGCAAUGAUGUUGGAAAUUUUGGACUUGAGGAAUUCAUGAAACCAAGCUCCAGCGAAUUUUUACCAUUGACACCUUCAAACCCAGGUUUACCUAUGACAGGAUAUCCAACCGAGAUCAAGAAUAAUCUGCAAAUACCAUUCGACGAGAACAACACGUUUUUGCCCAUAGAUGUAGAAGAAGCCGACAAUUUUUGGAUGACGGAAUAUUCGGCUGCAAACAACAUUGCGGCUAACAAUACGAAUGGAGUACAGGAUGAGAUUGUUUGGAGACAAUAA